AAACAGAGGUUCCAGAUGAUGAGUAUUAUGAUGAGGAUGAUCACAAUGAAGUUGUCCAGUACCUGUUGGACGUUGUAGAUGAAGAAGCCCAGAACCUCUUAAAUCGUAAUAAUGCGACUUCAGGGGCUCAGAGUCUUCUACAUCUCAAGAAGGCCACAUCAGAAGAUCACUUGCCAGCAGAGAUGAAUGGAAAGCUGGCAGAAGAUAAGUCUGAAGACACAGACUGUGAUGGGUCAUCUUUGCCUGAAGAUUUUUCAGAGAUGCCUGGGUUUCAUCUCAUAUAUGAGAUCAGCAGAAGUCUGUCUGUCCAGCACAUCCUGGCUGUUGCAGCUUUCUGUCCAGCUACUAGAGCUGAGAGUCAGAUCAAGUAUCUGGCUCUGUACUGCUGUGUUCUAGGAGGCCAGCAACUAACACAUGUAAAUGGAUGUGAAAACUACUGUGAAGUAAAAGCUAUGCCAGAAAGGUCGACUCCACAACCUCCUUUGAGUCAAGCAGAUGAAGAUGAAAUCACGUGGGGAAGUGAUGAACUGCCAAUUGAAUCAGUCAGCCAGGAACGUGUAAAUAAAGUGACAAAUGAAGAGAUCUCUGCUCUCCCUACUGUGAACGUGCUCCCUGGAGGCAAGUACUCAGGAGCCAAAUUGAAGUCAGUAAUCAGAAUGUUGCGUGGAUUGCUGGAACAGGGAGUCCCUUCUAAAGAGAUUGAAAACCUUCAGGAGAUGAAACCUUUGGAUCAGUGUUUGAUUGGACAAGCCAAGGAGAACAGGAAAAAGAACAGAUAUAAAAACAUACUUCCUUAUGAUACCACUAGAGUACCCCUUGGGAUUGAAGGUGGAUACAUCAAUGCCAGCUUCAUUCGCAUGCCAGUGGGGAAUGAAGAGUUCGUUUACAUUGCAUGUCAAGGACCUCUCCCCACCACUGUAGCAGAUUUCUGGCAAAUGGUUUGGGAGCAAAACUGUACUGUGAUUGCCAUGAUGACUCAGGAGGUUGAAGGAGAAAAGAUAAAAUGCCAGCGUUACUGGCCAGAUGUACUCAAUAAAACCACCAUGAUAAAUGAUAGACUACGGCUUGCUCUUGUAAGACUCCAGCAGCUAAAGGGCUUCAUCAUUAGAGUGCUGGAACUAGAAGAGAUUCAGACAGGUGAAGUACGGCACAUUUCCCACCUGAACUUCAUUGCCUGGCCUGACCAUGACACCCCUUCUCAACCAGAUGACCUGCUUACUUUCAUCUCCUACAUGCGUCAUGUCCACAAAUCGGGACCUAUCAUAACUCACUGCAGUGCAGGCAUUGGACGGUCGGGGACCCUUAUAUGUAUAGAUGUUGUUCUAGGGUUAAUCAGCAGAGACCUUGAUUUUGACAUCUCGGACCUGGUGCGCACAAUGCGUCUGCAGAGACAUGGAAUGGUUCAGACAGAGGAUCAAUACAUUUUCUGCUAUCAAGUUGUCCUUUAUGUCCUGAAUCAUCUCCAACAGCAAGAACAACAGAGAGACAAAUGA